AUGCGUGUGAUCCGGGGCUUUGAGAUGUUCUCUCUCUCUCCCGCGGUGCUCCCCGCAGCCUCAGGGGGCGCAGGCCAGCCGCCGUGGCCGAAGCACAGGGAGGAGAGGAAGACGAAGGUGAGCGAGGCGGCCGGCAGGGAGAGGAAGGAGACGGGGAAGGAGGCCGUCCCAACGCUGCCUGCGCCGGAGAUGCCGUCGAGAUGCUCCCCCUUCGAGAGGGGCGCCUUCGAGCUGGCGCACAACGAGACCGUGGCCAACGAGGUGGCGCUGGGCCGGCGGGUGGGCUUCUACGAGCUCCGCGGGGAGAUAGGCCGAGGAAACUUCUCCACCGUCAGGCUGGGGGUCCACACCCUCACCAAAGAGAGGGUCGCAGUCAAGAUCCUUGAUAAAAUUCGCCUGGAUAAGAAGGCACAGGCCCUCUUUACCUCUGAGAUCUCCUGCAUGGAGAAGCUGUCCCACCCUAACAUCGUGCGCCUCUACGAGGUGCUGGAAACGGUUAAGCACCUGCAUCUCGCCAUGGAGUACGGCAGCGGCGGGGAUCUCUACUACCGCAUCACCACCAGGGGGAGCCUGUCUGACCUGGAGAGCAAGCUCAUCUUUGGCCAGAUUAUAUCUGCUGUAAAGUACAUGCACGACAACAACAUAGUUCACCGAGACCUGAAGGCGGAGAACAUCUUUUACACCACCAGCUACUGCAUCAAAGUGGGCGACUUUGGCUUCAGCACCGCGAGCGGGCCGAACGAGGUCCUCGCCACCUUCUGCGGCUCCCCGCCCUACGCUGCGCCCGAGCUCUUCCAGAACAAAGGCUACGCGGGCCGCUGCGUGGACGUCUGGGCGCUGGGCGUGCUGCUGUACUUCAUGGUGACGGCCCACAUGCCCUUCUCCGCCGACAGCAUGACCAAGCUGAAGCGCUGCAUCUCGCAGGGGGCCUACAGCCUCCCGGCCCACCUGCCCGAGCCCUGCCAGCAGGUCCUCCGCGGCCUGCUGACGCCCGCGCCCCAGGAGCGGCCCUCCGUAGCCCAGGUCGCCGCCAGCCCGUGGCUCAGAGGGGUGGAGUCCCCCGAGCCGCACCGCGCCCUGAGCCCGACCCCCGUGCGCCUCGCCCGCCCCGCGCGGCCUCUCUGCCCGGAGGAGCGCGAGGUGAAGGCCGCCCUGGCGCUCCUGGGCGUCGGCGACGCUCUCCUGCUGAACAACGCCUGCGCAGACCUCCGCAGCCCCGUCACGGGCGUGUACCGGAUCCUGGCGCACCGCGUCCAGAGGAGGGCGUCGGCAGCGGAGGUGGGCUACUCCAGCCUGCGGCCCGACGACUUCCAGCACCGCAGGCACCUGGUCCGAGCCGGCGCGGCCGUCAAGAGGCACAGCCUGUCCACCGUGUGCACCGUCCUGUAG